CUAAAACAUAGAGAAAAGUGCCAAAAUAGGACUUUUAUAUUUUUUUCCCUGAAAUAGGACUUUGCACUGUGGUAAUGUGACUUUGCACUGUGGUAAUGUGGCAGUGUACAUGUGCACAUUACUAUACUUUUUUGGUAAUGUAUAUGAUCAUGUUUGCACUUUUGCUCAACCCUAGUUUUUCCGUCCGCCACCCUCUCUCCUGUUCUUUUCUCCGCCUAUCUCCACUGAACAUCGCAGAGGAAAAGAACACCCAUCGCCGUUCUCCUCUGCGAUUCCCCAUCGCGAAUCAAAUCGGAAGGACCCCGCCACCAGGUCUGCGAUUCCCAACGCCUGAGUUUCCCGAUCGUGAGGCGCAGACGACCGUGAGGGCCUAAUCGGAAGAACCAGCACCAGAAAUCUGUGUCAAUCGGAAGUUUCUUCCCGUAUCCCCGAAAUCUCAGUCGAUCGCACAGCAACGGAGGCCUUCUUACUGUCGCACGACCACAACCAGCAGCUCCCUUACUUUCGCACCUACGGUCCAGAAGGACUUGAGUACCACCGCUGGGUUUCUGACGUAGAAAUGACUUUCCUGGCUAAAGACUUCUCUGCCACAAUUAAAGACCAGUGAUAUCUUAAAAAGUGAAAGCAAAUGCUUUACUGUUCCUAAGGUGACACAUUAACCCAAGUUUACGUUGGGAAUAUCUUCAGUUGAAAAUCCCCAAAGAAUUGUGGGAUGCCCUUAAAGGAUGUUUUGGGAACAUUCAUGAUACUUUGCUCCCAGAACUGAAUGCGCAAUGGAAUGAAAUCCGUUUACUAGGCUAUUUAUUGCAUUUUUAGACUAUGUGGAAUUGUUUUAAAUUUGCAUUCAAUUUAAAUAAAUUAAGGGAUUUAUGCCCCUAUUUUUUUGUAUACAUUGUGUGUUUCAAUUCUAUAUGCACUUCUCUCCUUACACAGGCAUGAAUCGAGGUGAACUUGAGUGCUUAAUAGAUAGUGGGACUACCCAUACCAUUAUGCGAAAUAGGCAACUAUUUGUUAACUUGGUAGCCUAUAAUUCAUCUGUGACAACAAUGAUUGGGUCGUCACAUGUAAUUCAAGGACGUGGUACUGCCAUUUUUUUUACUCCCUAAUGGUACAUUGAUUAAAGCCAUAAAUGCUCU